UGGUACUCAAGGUAAAAAUAAAGAAUUCAUUUUUGAUCCAGGCUCUCAUCUUACCUCCACCACAUAAAUCAACAUUCAAGCAGUUCUACAAAGAUGAUACAACUUUUAUUCACACUUUUGAUGAUCCAAGUAGCAUUCAUCUUAAUACUAUCUUUUGCAAAUCCAAUACGAAAACUGGUGGUCAAGGGGCUGGACCUUUUGAAGCAGGGUAGGGGACCCUUAGUCACAAAAACUGUAGCAGCAACUAUGCUCGUGGUCUUCGGCUCCACCAUGUAUACUAUUACCAAAAUCCAAAAGCGUUCAAAAGAUGCUGGUAUUGUUAAUCCAACUGAUGAGGUUCUGAUGGCACAUCGUCUCUUGGAAGCAUCUCUCUUGGGAUUCUCUCUAUUCCUUGGAUUGGUUAUCGACAGACAACAUUAUUAUAUUAGAGAGAUUAAUUUACUGAGGAAGAACUUGGAAACAGCGAAGAAAAGAAGUCACGGUAAUGAAUCCUCAAGGAGAAGAGUGGCAGCAGAAACUGGGAAGCCAAAAGUCAAGUGAAUGAAAUGUGAGACGAAGUUCGCACAUAACAAAUGUCCUAAAAGGAGGCCAUCAAUGUCUUAAAGCUUGUAAAUGAUGAAGCAUGUCCUUGUAAGAAUGUGCCAUGCUCAUAAUUGAAUUGAACUGAAUAUACGUAUAUAAUUGUUCUGAUUGUGUCUGUAGUUCAUAUAAGUUAUUUAUUUCAUUUUUAUGUAAAAAAUACUGAAUGUAAAGAAAGUUUCAAAUUUGAAGA